AUGGGAGGCGGAGGCGGUGGUGGUGUUGAUGAUCUCGCUGAUGGUGGGGGGAGCGAUGGGUGGGUGGAAACGCACCUGAGGGUCGUGAAAGUUGAGGACACAUCCAUACACAUGGACUGGACCAAUGAUAAUAAUAAUAACGUUGACUAUUAUAAAGUCCGAUGGAAGUCAGCUGUUCAAACUCAGGAAAAGGAAGUGCAGUUGGAGAGUUCCGAGACUAGGUGUACGCUUCACAAGUGUGCACCGGGAGUGCAGCACUGCAUACGCUUGUACACCUACGAUGCUAAAAAUAGAUUGGUCGGCAGGUCAAAGGUCGUGAAGGUCGUGACCUCUGCUCCCGCCGGUGCUCCUGUCGUCUGUGUUAAAGCCACCAACUUCAAUUACGUCACGAUCGAGUGGGAGGAGCCAAAAUCAUUUGGCGAUGCUACGAUUACAGGUUAUAAGGUGUUCAUCGAUGGCGUGGCCGAGUCGAACGACCUGGGUUCGACUGCAAGAUCGUUCGCGUUCACUGGAGGUGUUUGGUGUAAGGACUAUGUUUUUCAGGUUCAGGCUCUCACAUCAGAACGCAGAUACCACAGUCAGCUGUCCGAACCCUUGGUAGUCACGUGGCCUGGUGUUUUGGCGCCAAAACUACAAAGAGUGACGUCACCGUCGUCCAAUUAUUUCAAUGGUGUUAAAAUUAGCUGGGGCCUGAUUGUCGUGACCGGGAAUGCAAAGAUUAAAAACUGUAAAUUGCACGGAUCGCAGAAAUUGGUUAAAAGUGAAUCUAUUUUAGUGGCGCCAAUCUCAACCAUCUUAACUCCGACCAUAAGUGUCCGGGUUCGAAACCUAGAUGAGCGUAGAAUGCUAGAUAGCGAAACCGCCAUUUUGAUCAAUUUGAGAGAUAACAACAACAUCAACAACAACAGCAUCAACUGCAUUCCUUCAAAUGUUGUUGAAGUGUCAACUGAACCGCUUCAACCAUUUUCAUUUUUUUGCUUUUUCAGUCAGAUAUUGAGACCAUCGAAGAAAGACCUCCACAAUGACGUCAUCAUACCCUACCGAGAAACUCUUGAAAUCGAAAGAAAAUUCGCUUCCAAAAAGCCCGUAAACCAGGGAUGGAUAAUCACCGUGUGCUGCGAAUCAACACAGGCCACAUCAUCAUCAUCACCACCAUCAUCAUCAUCGAGAGAGAGGGCUUUGCAAAUCUUGAAUAUGACUGGCUGGUUAAACCCGAAUGGCCCACUGAACGAAAUAUUUGAGGUGGUUGGCGUCCCAACGGUCGUGUUGCUCAACGAAAAACACAACAUGGUGUGGAAAGGUAGGCACUGCGCCCUGGACUAUAACGGCUUUGAAGCCUUCCUCGAUUACGUCACGGACGGGUCACGUGGAAGCACUUCCUCUCAACUCGAUCCUUGGACUCAAAGAUCCCAGGUUCAAAAUCCAGCCGGCAGAUGUUUGGCGUGGGAUGUUACGGUCCCUGGCACCCUCGCCGAACGAUACGUAAACCUGACAAGUAAAGAAUGCGGUUUGGUCGCGGCCAGGGCAGCGGACGAGAAAAUGAAGAAAUAUGGGAAUGCCCUCCCCUCGAUGAAAUUCUUGCCAAUAUGUAUCGAGGUUCUCGGCCCGAUGGACCCCAACACACUUAAAUUUCUUAAGGCAAUAUGCAAAAUGAUCAGCGUCAGAUCAGGCGACAGCAGGGAACUGUUUUUCGCAACUAACCCCAUUUCGUGCUUGUUGCAGCGGUUCCUGCGUGUCUGUGUGCUUGAAAAUAUCCAACUGAAUGCCGACAUGUGCAAUUAA